AUGCGAUAUUUUUUCGUUGAGUAUUUUUUGUUGAAUGCGAUCGGACUUUUCGGUUUCGGUUGGGGAUUAAAUUUCAUUGAUCCGGAAAAAGUGAAUAAAAAUCUGGUCGUAACAACAAACAAAGGCUUCGUGCAAGGACGAACGGGGACAACGUACCUUGGAAGAAAUUAUUGGGCUUUCGAAGGAAUCCCAUUCGCUAAACCACCCAUAGGAAAUUUACGCUUUAGAGCUCCAGAAUCGCCUAGAUCAUGGAAUGGUGUUUUGGAUGCGACAAAAGAAAGGACUUCAUGCGUGGAGAUGAUGAACAACUUGGAAUGGAAUGAUAUAAUGGUUUUCGGCAAUGAAGAUUGCUUGUAUAUAAACGUUUAUACAUCUAAAAAUCCCUCAACCUCCAAGGAACUACUACCGGUAAUGGUAUGGAUAUACGGAGGCGCAUUCGCCUUCGGUAAUUCAUCAUCAAAAUUCUACGGAGCGGACAACUACUUGGAGCAAAACAUCAUAACAGUCACGUUCAAUUACCGAAUAGGCGUUUUCGGUUUCCUCAGCACGGAAGACCUACAAUCGCCCGGCAAUUACGGCCUGAAAGACCAACAUUUGGCGCUGAAAUGGGUCCAGAACAACAUCAAGCACUUCGGCGGCGAUAAAAACCGAAUAACUGUAGCGGGCCAGAGCGCCGGAGCCGCCUCGGUGUUCUAUCAAAUAGUCCACAAAAACAACAAAGGGCUGUUUCACAGGGCUAUCGCGAAUAGCGGCAGCCCUUUGUGCAGCUGGGCCGUGCAGAGGAAUCCGAGAAAAAUAGCGUUCGAUUUAGGAUUGGGAGUUGGAAUACGAACGAGCAGCUCCAAAGAAUUGAUUGAAAAAUUAAGGAGAACCGACGUUGAGCAGCUGAAGAGAGCUGGAAGGAUCAUAAUGAUAAUAUAUCUUCCUCAAACUGAAAGGGAAGGAUUCCCGUUUGCUCCGAGCAUAGAGCCUGAGCACAAAGGCGCUUUCCUGACCAAAACCGUAUACGAAACCUUCCAGAGAGGAGAUUUCAACAAGAUGCCAGUACUUAUGGGCGUCAAUUCAUUGGAAACGUUGUUUUUUGCUGAUGGAUUGGUGUUGCUUAGGCCGCUGAAUGUGCUGUACGAUUUUAGUCCCGGAUCUUUGCCGAGCAAAGAUAUGAACAUAAAAACGGCCGAAGAACGCCGGGAAGCCGGAAAGAGAAUACUGAAUUAUUAUUUCCCGGGUGGUUCAUACAUUAACGCCGAUGUGGACGGAAUAUUACAAUACACCUCAGACGACCGUUUUAUCAGGCCCAUACAUAAGCACGUGCAAUUAAUGUCGAGGUACACACCGAUAUACUAUUACAUGUUUUCGUACAGCAGCACGUUUGGCACAAAAAUUCUCCAUAGAAUAAUCAGGGAGGAGAGACGUACUGCAGGGGUCGCCCAUUUUGAAGAACAGUUUUAUCUGUGGAAAAGACAAGAUUUAAAUUUAAUUCCUGUAGGUUACGAUAAAUUAAUAGCCAGAAGAUUAAUGAGAAUAUGGAGUAAUUUUAUUAAAACGGGAAAUCCUACGCCACAUAAAGACCCUCUUCUUCAAAACUAUAUUUGGCCAGCGGUAAAUUCGACCAGUAACAUCACAUAUUUGCAAAUAGACAAGAGACUUUCAUUACACCAAAACUACAGGGAAGAUCAAAUGAAGUUUUGGGAAAAAAUUUACGAUACUUACGGACAUCCGCCAUAUCUUACUUAUUAG